UUCGAAGCCCUGUCUUUCGCCUGGCUGCUGAGGAUGGUGGGGCAGGCGGCAGCAGCCUUGGGCCGAGGGCUGGAGCGCAGGAACGCCGGCUGUUGGGGUCGGAGCCGAGGCGCGGUUCUGCUUCUCUUCUUCUCCCUGUCGCCCAGGCCCCCUGGCGGAGCGGCGUGGCUACUGGGGCUGCGGCCAGAGGAUACGGCGCCUGGGCUCGUGUGGCUCGAAGGGGGGGCGCUGCGGGCGGCUGAGGGUUCCCGCUUCUUGUUGCGCCUCUACUUCCAGCCGCCGGCCGAAGGGAGCGCCGCCAGUAACGGCAGCAGCGCGAGCGAGGAGGUCGAGCGCCGCGUCGUCUUCGUGGAGGAGCCAGCCAAGGUGGAGCGCUGCCCCGAACGCAGCGCCUGGGCCUCGGACGUGGAAGUGCUGGGCCCGCUUUUGCCCGGAGGCUCGGCCGGCUCGGCUUUAGCCGAGGUGAGAGUGCGGGAACCGCGAAAGGGUGAGGCCGGCGCCGGGCCUGAAGGGCGUCGGUUCGGGCUCUGCGCUUGGGAUGGACGAGCCUGGCAACUGCACGGCGCGCCGGGGGGCUUCGUGCUGCAAGUGGAAGCGCCGGCUGCGGGCUCGGCCGCGUGGCUGAUCCCGUUGCCCACCGCCGGCUGGUUGCGGGCUCUGGGCGCGCUAAUCCUGCUAGCUCUGUCGGCGCUGUUCAGUGGCCUCCGCUUGGCCGUGCUGUCCCUCGAUCCGAUGGAGCUGCGGGUACUGCGCAACAGUGGCUCGGCUGCAGAGAGGGACCAGGCGCGCAAGGUGGAGGCUGCGCGCGGCCGAGGCGGAAGCGGCACUUACCUACUGUGCACUCUGUUGCUCGGACAGGCGGGUGCCAACGCCACGCUGGCGGGCUGGUUAUGCGCUGCCCUGCAAGCCAGUCAGUAA